UCUUCUACCCUUUGAGGAAAUGGGAGUAGGACACACCUCCUGAAUUGGUGGCGCAACAUUUCCAGGAACAACUUUCCAUAUCAGGAAGACUGUGAGACAUAAAGUGUAGGCACGCAGCCAACUAAACAUUCACUUUCCCACGAAAUGGUUCGGACCUGAUGAACUGGAUUCUUUUCAAAGCAUAAGAAGAAUACGUCGGUUAAGCAUGGAGUUACAAUGGCCCGUUCGCGAUAGGAUAUCCUUAGUCCUUCUUAUUUUGGCGACCAUUUCAACAAAUUUCUCUGGCCAAAAUCUUGACUGUACGAACGACUAUGUCUCACUGAUGUCUUGCCACUUUGAAGGAGAAAACUGCUCUGAAUACAAGUUGACUUUCCUGAGAAAUGAUGGACAUGGGGAGACGAAUAGCAUAUUUACACAGUGUCAGACUUCACGGUACUGCUGCUCUGUCCACAUUGAGACACUUGUUGUAGGGGAGUCUUUUUUAGCCAAAGUUUGGAAAGGAGGCGAGAUCAUGGAAACCAAAACCAUCAACAUCACAGACAGCAUAAAGCCCCAAACCCCAACAAUUGUCUCAGUGAAUGAAUCUAAUGGGAAUUUUCAUGUCAAGUGGAAGAAGAACGUGAAGAAAAGUUUAAGAGAUAACUUGACUACUAAUGUGACUUACCAUAAAAAAGGAGAAGCAAAAACCGUGUCUGCUCUUGUCAAACCAACUCCCGACGAAUUUAGUUGGUAUGAAAUACUUGGUCAAGACUUGGAACCAAGUACAACAUAUGUGGUCAGCGUGAAAAGCCACAUAGACUUGAGUGAUCGCUUCAGUGACAGUAGCGAAGAGUUGGAAUUCACAACCCCCAUGUCCUCCACUGUCCUGGCCUUGGCUAUCAUCAUUAGCCUCAGUUUUGCUGCAAUCAUCCUCAGCGUUGCUGUAAAUAGCUGUUAUGUAAAGCUCAACACAAAGUGGAGGGACACAGUUGCCAAAUGUCCAAAUCCUAAACUUUCUAUUAUGCAUCCAGGCGAGGAAAAGGUCUUGAAGCCUGUGCCACCCCUCAUCUCGUCUGUCUGUGUUGAGCCCCUUGUUCCAGAUGACAGCAAAUCAUGUUCGAAGGGGUCCCUGGGAGACACUAGCAGUGGGAGCCUUCAGCAAAGCAGCGGAAUCAGUACUGGCUCUUCUGUUCUCAGUUAUGCUAAUACAGAACCUAACGUUAAAGCCUCUGUUCACGAAGCCCUUCUUAAAGCCCUCCCCAACAUCAGCCCAAUAUCACAUUUAACCCCCAAUCCAUUUACAGAAUCAAACCAAGACAGUGGUUUGCUCUCCUCUUCCUACAAUCCUUGUGGUGUCAGAGCUGAUGACAUGAGUUUUGGAUCAUCCGGCUUUGAAAAUAAAACCUACUCCAUCCUCAUUCCCAGCGGCCCACAUCAGAAUCUGACGGACAGCUCUGAGUUUCCGACGCACGUUGAAAUGGUUUGUGACUCUCCAUACCAUCCUAUUGUGGGGGACGUGACCUGUGUGGACCAGCACGCACCAGCUUGUCCGCGUGUUAAUUUUCCACCUGUGGAUUUAUCUCUGAUGCCAACAGACAUGUCAUAUCAGCAAAGCAAUGCCAAUUCUGGGGGAUUUUCAUAUUCAGAAGACUCCAGUUUGUCCUCCGUCUCUAGUGGCACCAACACAAAUGUGUUAUGUGAUCCUGUGUCCAGAGUCGAGGGCAGGUUAGAGAGCUUCGAUGAGGCUGCCUGUGGUGCGACAAAGCUACAUGGAACAACUAAAGGGGCAAUAAUUUGUGAUGAAAACCCCUGCUACGGCAGUGCCUCUUUAGGCUCACACAGCUUCCCUCCAGUGGAUGAUGGCUACCAGGCAUUUCAGAAUCUGGUGGAGCAGCCUGAUACUUUGUUUUCAGAGGAGAGGUGUCUUAAGAAAGAGGAAAGUUUGAACAUAUACCCUGAGGAAUCAUUCACCAAGCUGCCUCAAAGCUUCUUAAGCCCAGUUGUCCCCGGCGUCAUUAACAAUGUCCAGGGUGGCCAGUGUCUCUCUGAACUCCAAAGCCAUUUUCUCUCCUUGAUCCCUGCUCACCAGUCUAUGCCACUAAUCACAGACAGCGGCUAUCAUAGUGUGUAGCUCCGACAUUUUAUCAUGUGCAAUUUCUCCUUCUUUAAAAUAUUGAGAAACAUUGUUGAGAAAUUUGGAAGACAAGAGAGGGAGAAAACAGGAUGUGGCUAUGAAUGGUGUUUACACUGUAACAUGACUCAGUUUUAAAAGUCAAUUGAACUUGGAAACAGAAGCAAACAAUCUCACCUUAAGAGCCAUUUAGAAGCUGUUCUUGAUCUUUUCAGUUUGCCCUGUUGUCAUGGAUAUCUUCCAAAGAAGAUUAUGUAAUCAUGACCGAAAGCUUCAGAACAGUUAAUAAAUGGACUUGGCGUUGACAUUGUUUUCUCAACUGUGACAUGACUGUUUUAAUAGAUCUCAUGGUCAUAGAUACUUUGCAACUGUAUGACUGCUUUUGAUGCGAAACAUCCAUUAAGUUUGUACAUAAAAACAUUAAUGUAAAAUGCUUAUCAUAAACAGAGUGCACUUGCGUAGCUUGGCAUUGCCAGACUAAUUUGCAAAUGCGUAUUAGAGCACAUGAAACAUGAGCUCACAGGUUCGUCUGGUUUCCGGGCUAGAAUGCACUUGCUUUGAGUUUUAGAUGUGGGCUUGCUACAAAUGCUUGAA